CUCGAACUCUACAAGCAAAAUGGACGCAGCCAAAGACGCGUUUGAAGCGACACAGCGAUCCGUAGGCCAUCUCGUCGUUGGACUCCAGGAGCUCAAGUGGGAGGACGUUCCGCAAAAGGCCAAAGAGCAUAUUAAGAACAAUCCCAAGAUGAGCGCUUUCCAAGCUCUUUCCGUUCUACUGCUAUUGGUCCCUGGGCUUGUCGUUGGGCCUGUGCUUGCUGCUAUGGGUUUCGGUAGCGCUGGGCCGCUUGCAGGGAGUGCUGCUGCCGCCUAUCAGUCUGCGAACGGUGCAACGGCCAUCUUCAGUACGUUGCAAAGCGCAGCUAUGGGUGGUUACGGCGUGGCCGCCGUGAACGGCGUGGUGCAAGGCACUUCCGCCGUGCUUGCUUUUGGGACAGGACUGAUGAGGGUCUUUCGCGGUGAAGGUGCUGAAGAAGCUAAGGUAGCAAGACCGGAACAGCAACCUGAGAAGCGCUCUUGAUGCAUAAAAAAAGACGUGCGAGACCAGGUUUCGGGAAUUAGCUCGCGACGUACCUCCUGGCGUUGCUCGCUACAUGUCGUUGCGGCUAGAAGCUGCUUUGUCCCGGUAGGAGGUAAUAACUCGUGAAAGUAGAAAGCUGCUGCUUCGCUAUAUCUGAC